CCGUGGUAUGGUAUAGGUUUAUUCGUAUACCUCGUCUGUGGUUCAAAUAUUCAUUAUCAAAUAAAAUAAAAAUUAAAAAAUGUAAUGAAUUUAUGUAAAAAAAGAAUUAAAAAAGAAUGAUACUUUUUAUACGUAUGUAUAAUUUUCUUAGUUGUCAUGAAACGACAACAUUUGAAAAGACGCCCUAAUAUUUUAGCGCCUCCAACGAAUACAAAAAGCGUGUUUUCCUUAACGUUCAAUUUUUGUGCGAAAUUUAAUGCAAAUUGAAGUAAAAAAUAUAUUGUUGAAAUUCUUAAACAACUGUAAAAAAAGGAUUUCGCAGAUUACAAAGUGGAUUUUUAUUUAUCUUUUUAACAUAUGUGCAACAAAAAACCUAUUGUUCGUUCUUCAACCACCUGAUGAAUUUAAAUUUUCAAAAGUGCACUGAAGUUCUCUUAAAUAUAUCUACAAUGUAUUUACAAUGAAUUUUAAAAAAGAGAAACAUACGCAAUGUUACAGAUAACAAAAGAAUGUAAAGUGAUUAUUUUUUUGUUUUUUCCCAUUUCUUCUUUAUUUGCAAUUGAUGGAAGCGUAAUAUUGAAAGAAUUAGGUGCAAAGCAAUAUGAAAUGAUUAAAGCAAAAUCUUCCUUAUCUCAACAUGGUAUUUGUUGGCAAAAUGUUAUUAAAACCAUACAAAUUAGUUGUGAUAAAUUAAAUGAUCAACAGCAUUCUUUUCUUGCUUUGAAAUUGACAAAUUGUUUUUUAAAAGACUCUGGGCAUAAAACUUAUGACUGCCACCUUAUUGAUGUAGAAAAUCAACGCCGUAAUUGCAUUAACAAUAUGUCAGAUAGAGCAUUUAAUGUAUAUAAUGAAUUUUAUAUACAUACUACACACAUGUGUUUUUAUUUGAAUUAUGAGACUUGGCAAGCUGAAACUGACAAUACUAUUAAACAAUUGUAUCAAGUUUCUUCUCGGAUGAGAGAACAAUUGUUAGAAGCAUCAGAAAUGCAAGAAACCAUGCUUGAAAGUCAAAAACAGAGUUUGCAAAUGCAAAACAAACUUUUAACUCAUGGAAAAGAACUUGGUUCCGUGUUGAAGUCUUCUUCUGAAAGUGUUAAUAAUCUGGUUAAAGAUUUUAAAGAAUCAGCUAAAGAUCAAAGAGAAUUGUUGCUCCAAAUAUUUUCAUAUUUUCAAACUUUUCAAAGUUGGGUCAUUGGAGAAAUUUCUUGGUUUCAAUCCAUUAUAUACUAUACAGUUAGCUGUAUCUUGUGCGCAUUGUUUAGUUCUUCUAAAAGAACUGUGGAUGCCAGAGUUACUUUAUUUACAAUUCUAAGUCUAAAUGUUAUUGGAGAGCGAAUGUUAGUUCAAUAUUAUAACAAUAUGUAUCAUUCUAAUGACAAUAAGGACAGUUUAGUGAAUACAGUAUGGAUGUGUAGGAAAAUAGCUCUCACUUUUUGUGCUAUUACAUUGGUUUGUACAUACUGUUAUUACAGAGAUGAACAUGUAGAAAGUUAUAAAGCACUAAAACGCAUUGAACAUCAGUUAAGUACCAUACAGAAGGUUACGUCUAUUUCUACUAAACAUCGUAUGUAUUAUAAUCUUUCGUAAUUAAAGUAGAAAUUUCGAACAAUAUUGUUAAUAUUAUUUUGCUUAUAUUCAUAUACAGAUUAUUCUACACGGUUAAAUAUCAAGCGUUUACAAGCACAGGCAAAUAAACACACUAGUACGGAUGCUCUUUUAUAAAUUCCAGUAUUUUAUUUAAUAAUAUUGAUUUAUUAUAAUAAUGAAAAUAUGAAUUUUAUACAAGUGACAAUUGAAAUUUAAUAAAAUAUUUUCUACAAAAUAUUCUAAUGUUCUAUUCAAGAUCAUUAUACAAUUGGAUACUUUCGUAAAAAAUAGGUAAUUUGAUCUUUAGUAAAAACUUUAGCAUUAGGACUGGGAACAGUAAUUUUUUUUAAUUUCUUUUGUAACACAGCAUCUUUCAUAUAGUUAUUAUAACAUCCAUAGAAGUUCUGCACCUCUUUGUUACAUUUAUUAGGUUCAAAAUUAGUGUUUUUCCAACAUGCAAAUACUAAUGACAUCUCAUAUAAACAUUUAUCCUCUGAAAAAUAUAGAAAUAUCAUUUAUUGUUGAGUUUUAUAAAAAAGACUUUUAUCAUACUAUGAGAUGUAAUAUUUACCUAAUGUUUUGAUUGUGUUUCCAGCAACUUUAUUUUUUAGUUUUAAUGGCAUUAUUUCUUUAAAUGGCACUUUAUCUGAACUUUGAGCGGCUCUUGAAUUAUGCUUAAAAAAUAUCUGACUUAGCCUCAUUUUCUGGAAACAAACAAUUAAAUCAUUAUAAAUCUUAGGGGUUAAGAAAUCUUGAAUGAAAUUAUUUGCAAAAUUCACUAAUUAUUGUUAAUAUCAUUUCGUUGAAGAAUUAUGGAAUUUUCCAUAGUUUCCAAAAAUAAUUUCAUGUAAUAAAGAAUGUACCUUUGAUAAUGUUUAUUUUAAAAGAAACGUUUCGUAACAGAUGAUACUGUUAUCAAAAUGAAACUUUUUAAAAAAAUAAUAUAUCAUUCACGAUUUACAGAAAUAUAAUAUUUUUUGAGAUUUUUAGCUACACUAUGAUAGUUAA